CAGUUUUAUGCUAAUGUAUUAGCAGGCUAAUUAGCCUGGGUACACUUCAGCAGCUGAUAUACGACCCAAAGAAAAUCUUGACAACGUUACUAAGGCGACUGUUCGGCAUAAACCCGACACCCCAGAUGUGACUUAACUGUUAAAUUGUCAGUGUAGCUAACAAACUGGGCUAGUAGCUAACUGGCAGCUGUAGCUAAUAAGUCAAAGUUUGACUACGAAGGAACUCAGCAAACUUGGGGACUAACAGAUGAACUUUGUGGGUUUGGAGAAUUUAAGCUAAGAUGGACGUUUUUCGGAUCCGUUGAAGAUAAUGUCACAGUGGAUGUUUAGGGGACAUCGGAUCCUGACUUGGUCUUGUCCCGUAAGGGCAUUGCUGCUGCUGAGAGAAUCCCAGCUCUCUGCUAUCUCUGAGCACGCUGGUGCUGGAUGGCAGGCUGUAAGAGCAGCGAAGGAAAAGAGAGAUGAAGGGAUCCGGGAAAGUAAGGAGGGGUCGUCGGUGUCCACAGAGAGGGGAUCCUGUUCAACACAGCUGUUAUGCUUGGACUGUGAUAAUCAUCAGCUGAGAGAGGCUUCAUCUCAAAACCUCCUGUACAAAGCAGUUUUGUCCAGCCAUCAUCCACCCCCUCAGGUUUCUCCCUCUGCAAAAGCCAAGCGAGCAUCAGAUUUGUGGAAAUGCACUGUAGUGGAAGAUUUGGGUCAAAACCUCAAAGCUGUGAGCACUCACCGGGACUGUUUAAGCAACACAACUUGCCUUCAAACCCAGAGAAGGCCUUGGGAGUUUUGCCAAUCUUCACUCAGUUUAACCAAUAAGACUCAGUGUAACCUUCUUCAAAGCCAUUUAUAUUACAGGCAGCACUUUGUUAGACCUUUUAGCUUGUCGACGCAUAAGGAAUGGAUUAUAAAUCAAUUUCACAAUAGACUGCAACCCUCCAGCCUUUCUUUUCACCAAACCAGAGCUGCUCAUCAGGCUGCCCCUCAUGUGGCAGACACCUGGAGAGACUGUCUAUCCCUGGAAAAUGAAAACAGGUGUCGACAAAGCCUGAGGCCCAACUUGAAGCUGUACGAGGUGAACAAGGGAGGAAAGGGGGCCAGUCAAAGCCAGGGAAAGAACCAGGGGAAAUGGGCGUCAGUCCUGGUCUCUCUCUGCUCUGUUGAGGGGGAGCCGGUGUUUCUCUUCACUCUGCGCUCCAGCACACUGAAGGGCCGGCACAAGGGAGAUGUCAGUUUUGCAGGAGGAAAGAGUGACCCAUCAGACAGAGAUGUGGUGGCCACAGCGUUGAGGGAAGCCAGGGAGGAGCUGGGUGUCAAUGUGGCGACAGAGAGGGUGUGGGGUAUCCUGAAGCCUCUCAGGGACAUGUCAGGGAUGGUGAUUGCUCCUGUGCUGGCUAACCUUGGUCCCCUAGAGGAGAUGUCCUUCAAACCAAACCCUGGAGAGGUGGAGGAGAUUUUCACCCUGUCCUUGUCCCACUUGUGCAACCCUCAGAACCGUGGCUACACACACUUCCGCACCGGUGACAAGUACGGAUACACCCUGCCAGUGUUUCGUAACGGGAAGCAUCGAGUGUGGGGCCUGACAGCCGUCGCCCUAGACCAUACCCUGAAACUCAUUGUCCCUCCUUAGCAGCUCAAUCACGGUUACCUGUAAAGUUUACAACGCACGCAUACGCACAGCACUCAAAGAUUUGAUUAUGACAAAUGUGCAAUCAAGCUUUGUGUAGCAAAAUCAUGGCAUGAAUCGGAGUUAAAUAUUUUCAUUCUCCUUUCUGGGAGAAUGAAAAGUAUCACAGUCAGGAAAAAGAUUUUUCUGCUUGUGCACUUUCUGACCUUCGGGUGUAUAAGAAUCUAUUGAAUUGAUCAGGUGUGUUGAUGACCCUGAUAAAGAGCAUUAAUUUGUGGAAAAGCUAUGGAGUAACAACAUCAGAAAGCAGAUUCUCACCAAACACUAUCUGCGUGUGUGUGUGUUUGUGAGCUUGAAUGCGUGUGUAUGUAUGUUUAUCUAGAUAGAAUGUACUGCUUUAUUUUUAACUGUUUCUAAAUCCUUCCACCAGUUAUCUUUACCACCAGUUACCAAUUAAAUUGAUUUUUAACAAGUUCAAUCAAUGAGUCAUGUCUGCUUAGCGAAGUGCAGCUAAAACAGAGUUCAUGUGAUUCAGCUCGUGCCCAUUUUAUCACUCACUAGCUCAAACCUGGACUGUUAUAAACACUGAAAUGUUGUAAGCACACUUCAUGUGGUCUGUUGAUGAACAAUGCAAUAAAGGUUGUUUUAAAGGUUU